UCUAUCCAUAGCUCCAUUCGGCCAGCAGCAUCUGGUCGCGGUAUUAAAUAUAAAAGAAAACACAUUUUUUUCGAAAAUGUUUCCAAAAUUGCUCGUCGUGUUCGCCAGUUUAGUUUUGUUGGGUGCGUUUUGCGCCGCUCAAGUAAACUUCUCCCCGAAUUGGGGUAAGAGGUCUUUGAAUAAUCCCGCCGAAGAUAACGAUAAUGGGUGCAAGGAGUCUGUGGAUUCUCUUAUUCUUAUUUAUAAAAUUAUUCAGAGCGAGGCACAAAAGCUGCUGGAAUGCGAAAAGUUUUCCAACUAGCCAGCCAGAUCUGCGGUUCCAGAUAAAAUUCGUUACUAGAUCAAUUGCCUCUUUAUGUAUAUUUUAAUUUUUUUUUUAAUAAAAAUGAAUUGAAGCUUGU